ACCGUUUGGGUCGUUAAAAUGACAGUAACUCUAUCCACAGACUAGGUACUCUAAGGUUAUCGUUAUCAUUGUGUCAAGUGUUUUAUUUAUUUUUGUUAUACUUUAAGUCCACUAAUUUUAAUGUUUUUUACUUAAUUAUCUCAAUAACUAUGGCAUCGUCUAGUAAAUUACCUGGUACAGGUCUGGAAGAAGUGGGAGUCCCAGGACAAUCUUUCUUGCGGGAUGCUCUCACAAGUUGUACAGACCCGCUGAAGGCAAUAGAAGAAUUUCAACUGGAAAAUGGUAUUUUACUUCCUUCACUCAGGCCUAUGUUGCCGCUGCUGGAUCUUCAUGGUGUUCGACGUCUUGAUUUUCAUACGUCUGUGUUGGAAGAGCUCAGGGACAAACUUAUAAACCACAUCAACGAACUUGGCGCUAAAGAUGGCAAAGAACAUGAUAAGAAGCUGAAAGAGUUGCUUUCGAAAAGCUUUCCAGUUGUAAGAGUUAAAGCUCUUAGGCCGGUUAUAAUGAGUAUUUUGAAAAAUACACCACACAUUGAUGACAGAUACCUCAAAGUAUUGGUGCGAGAUCGUGAGCUUUACAAUGACACAGACACUGAAGUGAAAAGGCAAAUAUGGCAAGACAAUCAAUCUUUAUUUGGAGAUGAAGUAUCUCCAUUACUUAGCCAAUAUAUUAGAGAAAAAGAAAAUGUGUUAUUUGACCAUGAGAAUCUCACAAAUUUAUUCUUUUCUCCAUCACCUAAGGUCAGACGGCAAGGAGCCGUUGUUCAAAAAUUAGCACACAUGAUUGGUAACAGUGUGAAAUUAUAUGAUAUGGUGUUACAAUUCCUGAGAACCUUAUUUUUGAGAACUAGAAAUGUACACUAUUGCACUCUUAGAGCUGAGUUAUUGAUGGCUUUACAUGACUUAGAAAUUCAAGAUAUUAUAUCUGUGGACCCCUGUCAUAAGUUUACAUGGUGUUUGGAUGCUUGUAUACGGGAAAGGAAUGUUGACAUCAAGAGAUCGAGGGAACUACAGGGCUUUCUCGAUAGCAUCAAACGAGGCCAAGAACAAGUACUUGGAGACUUAUCUAUGACGUUAUGUGAUCCAUAUGCUAUCAAUUUCCUAGCAACAUCAGCUAUAAAAAUACUGCAACAUUUAAUAAACACAGAAGCUCUUCCAAGAGAUAAUACAAUAUUAAUUCUUUUAUUGAGAAUGUUAGCACUAGGAUUAAGUGCCUGGGUGAUGAUUGAUUCACAAGAAUUCAAGGAACCAAAGCUUGAUAGUCAAGUUGUCACUAAAUACUUACCUGCAUUGAUGUCUUUGAUGGUCGAUGACCAAGUAAGGGCACUGCACAACAAGUUGCCCCCUGAUGAAAGGGAGUCUGCAAUUACCACUAUAGAACAUUCAGGACCUCCACCAGAUGCUUGUGAGGCUUAUAUGAGAGAGAGUUCAGUGUGUGGAGUACUUGCCAUGUACUACACUUUGCAUGCAGCCAAACUACGAGAUCGUGGAGCUUUGCUUCGUAUUUUAAGUAUACUUGGCAGCUGCAAGGAUGGCCGAGCUUAUGAAGAUCCUUUUCUACAUGCUUUGGUGGCAUUACUUAUACAAUUGCCUGAUGAAUUCCAAGGUGAAGAUUUCAGUACAGUACUCUUUGACGAAUUUUUCUUUGCUGGACUUUCCAAAGAUAAUGUGACAAGACAUCUUUUGAAGUUAUUAUGGUAUAUACAUCCUAAAUUACCGGAGACCAGAGUUCAGACUGUGAUGAAAGCUUUACAGCCAGGGACACAGCAUAAUGAGUCUGUACAUAAGCUACAUGAGACACUGUCACAGAAGUUGAUUACCCAGGUAGAACCUGUUGCUAGCACUAGUGAAAUGGAGUAUUUAGAUUCUUCUCUCAUGAGUGUACCUACUCCAGCGCCUUAUCACAUGUAGUGUCGUUUUUAUAUUUAAGAAUAAAUGACAUAUUGAUUUUGAACUUA